AGGGAGGCAACCAAAUCUUGAAGAAAAGAGAACAAAUAGAAAAAUGGGAAGGUCUCCCUGUUAUGAUGAGAGCGGCCUCAAGAAAGGUCCCUGGACCCCUGAAGAAGAUCAAAAGCUUGUCAAAUACAUCCAGAAACAUGGCCAUAGCAGCUGGAGGGCCCUCCCCAAACUUGCUGGUCUUAACAGAUGUGGGAAGAGUUGCAGAUUAAGAUGGACAAACUAUUUAAGGCCAGAUAUUAAGAGAGGAAAAUUUUCCCAAGAAGAAGAACAAACAAUUCUCAAUCUUCAUUCAGUUCUUGGCAACAAAUGGUCAGCCAUUGCCAGCCACCUACCGGGACGGACUGAUAAUGAAAUCAAGAAUUUCUGGAAUACCCAUCUCAAGAAAAAGCUUAUCCAGAUGGGUUUUGAUCCUAUGACUCACCGGCCUCGAACCGAUAUCUUGUCAACCUUACCUCAUCUUAUAGCCCAGGCUAAUCUAAAGGAGCUCAUAGAUCACCGCUCAGUGGAAGAACAUGCAAUGAGACUACAAGCAGAAGCUGUCCAAAUGGCUAAAUUCCAAUACUUGCAGUAUCUCCUUCAACCUCAAUCUCAUCACCCUCCAGCUUCUGUUGUAACUGGCUCAAACUACAUAGCCACUACGAGUGCUUUCAGUAACAUGGAAACUUUUAAUCUUUUGAACUCACUUGCUUCAAUCAAGGAUAGCCUAGUUUCAGGUUCAAUUACCCAGUUGGAUUUAUCAUCAACAACCUGUCCUCCAGGACUAAGUGAUUCUAUCCCUUUCUCUCAUUUACCUGAUUUACAAAUCCCUUGCAGCUAUCAAACACCACUAAACAAGGACAUGUUAAUUGAUCAAGCUAAUAAUCCUGAGUUUACAGUGUUCAGCCAAGGAGAGAACUCUCCAUGGCUUCCUUCAUCUUCAUCAACACCAUCUCCUCCAUCCGUUGCUCCUCCGCUUUUAACACAGACUAAUUCUUCCAUCAACACUACUAUGGGGGAUGCUUCUAGCACUAAUUCAAGCUUUGGAGGGGAAGCUACUACAGUUUGGCAACACCUUCUCCUUGAUGACCCUUUGUUUCAUGAGAUUGCUUAGCUUUUUUUAGAUAUGCGUGAAAAGGUUUGGAGUUAAUUUCACCGCCACUUCACUCUGUAAUAUUCCGAAUAUUUUUAUGUAUAUA